AUGAUUUCUGUGUUGUUAACAAUCGUGCUAAUGUUAGCAGUGGUAAAAUAUGUGAAGUACAGGCAGCAGCUCUCCUUUACGAACCUUUUGCCAUCAGUUUUACCAUGUUAUCCGAUCAUCGGUAAUGGUCUAAUGUUUCUCGGAAAAAGUAAAGAACAACAGUUUAUCAACUUUGUCGAGGCCACUAGGAAGCCGGCCAGACUGUUUUUGGUGUGGCUCGCGGUUCUACCGAUUGUUGCAACAAAUGAUCCAGAUAUGGCACAGAAGAUUUUGAGCCACCCAGAAUGCCAGGAAAAGUCAUAUAUGUAUAAGUUCUUCAAACUAGAUUACGGUUUAUUUUCAUCAAGACAUUGUAUUUGGAAAGGACAACGGAAAGCUUUGAAUCCAACCUUCAACGUGAAGAUUUUAAACGAAUUUAUUCCAAUAUUUGAUAGGUGUUCCCGGAGUUUAGUAAGAAAACUGUUCACUGCAGCUGACGGCAAAUCAAUAAAAAUCAUUCCAUGUUUUCUUCAAUGCACUUUGGAAAUGGUAUGUGGAACUACCUUCGGGGUGGAUAUGGAAAAGAACCCUGAAUGGGCAGCGAUUAUGAAUAUGAUCCAAAGAAUAUUUCAUUUAUCAUCUCAGCGGAUUCUUAAAUUGCACUAUCAUUCGGAUUUGGUGUACAGAUUUUCAAAAAAUUACCGAGAGGAAACCAAGUUGAGAGAGGAAGCCUACUCAAUUGCAAAUGCGAUUCUUCAAGGUGCCAUCGAACGUAACGCCAAAGAAACCACUCCGGGAACAGUUCCCGCAAACAACGCUCCGGAAAGCGAUUGCUUUCGUAAGCCACAAAUCUUCAUCGAUCAGCUGAUUGACCAAAAGAAUGGUAAAAAAUUCGAACGCAUUGAGAUUCUGCACAACGUGUACACAAUGAUCGUGGCUGGAAGUGAUACUUCCGGGACCCAGAUGGGCUACAUUUGUCUGAUGUUAGCCAUAUAUCCGGAGCUACAGCAGAAAGUGUACAAUGAAAUUAUGAGCGUAUUCCCAACGGAGACGGAAUUAACACUUAACCCAGAAACUCUGCGGCAGCUGCAGUACACCGAAAUGUUUAUCAAAGAGUGUCUUCGACAUUUCCCAAUAGGACCGCAUCUCUUUCGAGAGUCUAUGCAGGACAUAGAAUUGGACGGUACAACUAUACCCAAAGGUACUAUGCUGUGCGUAAGCAUAUAUCAGAUUCAUCGAAGAAAGGAUGUUUGGGGUCCAAAUGCUGAUAAGUUUGAUCCGGAAAAUUUCUCCCCGGAACGUAGCGAAGGACGACAUCCGUUUGCAUUUCUUCCGUUCAGCGGAGGACCUCGUAAUUGCAUCGGCAGCCGGUACGCGAUGAUGAGCAUAAAGGUUAUGCUGGUGCAUCUGCUACGGAAUUUCCGAUUUAAAACAAACUGGACACUUGAGGACAUUCGGUUCGAGUUUGAUUCUCUGCUCAAGCUUGCUGGUGAGCCGGAGUUUUGUUUGGAACGUAGAAUAUAA